UCAUUUCAUUUCCCAUAGAGAGAAAUAGAGAGAGAUGAAGAACAACCACAACGGUGCAACCCCAACCAAUCCUUUAAAGGGCGUAAGGGCACUUCUCAUACGCAAGAACAGCCCUGCAGAGCUACUCCUUAACCGGCUUCGAGAGUACCUUCUCUACUCAAAACUACGAUCUUUGCUGCCAUCUCAACCGUUCGAGGUAAAAAGAUUGAAAGAAAUUCCAAUGGAAUACGAGCCGGCCCCACAUGAGAUUCCCGGGAGGGAUUCCGACGAUGAAAACACUAGUGGGCCAGCGGAGGCCAGCAGGGCAGAAGAUAGUAGCCAGAGCCAGGGAGAAGAUUUCGAUUACGCCCUAGAGAGCGAUGAGGAGAAAGAAAAGAACAGCGGGCCUGGAAAGACAUUCAUCCCAUCGAUCAAGAUCAAGAAGCUGGACUCCACCUUACUCAUCAGUACCGUCGUCCUCAAAGACGUUGCAUUAUCGUCGGCUCUCUUCCGCCUUCUUGAAGAAGAGAAGCUCGACAUCGUCUACGAAAACCAGUACAGAACUGAAACCAAAGUGGUUCAUACAAUUCAGGUGAAUUUGCCUUCGGAGGGGUUGGACAUAGAUGAUUUGGAACAGAAGCUACAGGCAUGGGCGGCAAGGAGGACAUGACAUAUCGUAGAUCAGCUAGCUUCCCAUGGUGUUAUUUGUUCUUUUUUGUCACCUUUCUACACGUUGGUCCAUGUAUUCUUUGCAAAUGAACGAUUGAUAUGAAAUCGCAAGAGGGAGGAUCAUUUCUUUUGUGGGUCCCACCCAAUAUUAAUGGCACAAAUCAAUGUAGAAAGGAAGGUCCUGUGUUGGGCAAACCUCAUUCCCAAAGUUGGCAUGCCGUCCAUGUUGGAUCUAUUAUUUUAAUUAAAAUUAAUAUGCACAAAUGUUAUGGUCAAA